GUAAAAAUCGAAAAAAAACCUAGAAAGAAAUCGAGCUAGUUCAUCGCGGUCCGUGCUCACAUACCCACCAAUCAUUUCGGUAUACCGCUUCCGACCGUACAGCCGAUGAGUUACUAUGACAUCAAUAGUUUACUGCUAAUCAGAACAAAAGAUCCGGAAGAAUGGCUAAAAAGGGUGGGCAAGCGGUGCUUCAAGAAGAAAUAAAUAGCGAUGAUGAUUGGACAAAAAUUAUAGAAAAGCCGGGAAUGUAUGUCGUUGACGUUUAUACAGAAUGGUGUGGCCCUUGUAUACCAAUGACGGCAUACUUGAAAAAAAUCAAGUUGGAAUUAGGAAGUGAAAAUCUACAUUACGCUAUAGCAAAAUCUGACAAUAUAUCUGUGCUAAAAAGGUUUCGACAAAAAAGUGAAUCCCAUUGGUUGUUUUUUUAUGAUGGGCAAUUAGUCAAUAUCAUUAUUGGCACCAAUGCUCCUAGGUUAAUGCAAUUAAUAGUGGAGGAGUUGGAGCAGUAUGUUAAGUUCAAAAAUGGUGAAGUCCAGAAAGAGUUUAUACCGCUGACUCAAGUGACCAGCGAGGAACAAAAAAAAUUAAACGAUAGUGAAAACUAUCAAAAACAAAAAACAAGAAAAGAAAAAAAAAUUAGAGAUUAUAGAAUGAUGAAAAAGAGAGAACAUUCUCUGAAACAAUUUUCGGUCAACAUUCAAAUGCAGACGUGUGUCAUGUUUUUUCCUCACACCGUCAAGUACAUUAUGGUGGAAAAACCAAUUGAAGAUGACGCUCAAGAACUCGAUAAACCUCCUGAACCCGUGAUGGUAGAAAAAAGGGUGUGCGAGGUGGCCAACUCGUGUGCUACUAAGUACGAGGAACUUAUUGUUAUUGAAGCUAAAGAUGUGGAGUUGACGGAAGACAAUUUGAAUGAGUUGUUUUUUAUGGAAAAAGAAUUUUUGGAAAGCUUUCCGAAAGAAUUGGUCGAUCAACUGUUGAGUAAAAAAGUGUACUCGGUAAUGUUGUCAAUGCCAACUAUAAAACAAGACACUGCACCCCAAGAAGCCGUCACAGAAGAAGAAAAUCUGCCUGAGCCCAUCGACUUAAUGGGAGUAAUAGAGCAGAAGUUAAGCACAAUAAUUUACGGCAACGGAACUCCAUUAUGCCCUAGUCCGAAUUCGCUUGCAGAUGUACAUAAGAAAGUAAAUAAAUCCGGACAAAAUUUACCAUCGAUUUAUACCCCAAGAAAUCCGUUGAGUAAAGCUUCGGCGCUGACCAUUUUGUUCAGCAAAUUCUGCCAAAACAAUGGAUACGUUGCACCCCUGCCACCUUUACCUCAGUACCUUGUCAUUUUCGAUAUCAACAAAUCCAACAUCGUGUUACCGAUCAUCGAGGAUCUUGAAGAAAAAGUCGUCUAUUACGGGUUUUUCCGUAGCGCCGAUCCCGAAAAACCCAAGUUACUCUGCAAAGAUCCUGAAUUGUUAGCUACAUAUGGCAUGGACAGAGUUGGCAAAGACGCCAAAUUGGUGUUGUCUGUGCUCAUGGACGACAAGGAUAAGAGUCUGUUGCGGUUCGUUGACGUUGGGCCAAUUUACGUGAGUCCUGAUCACGAGACGGGCAUUGACGAUGCUAUCAAGUUUUUCCCACACGACUUCGACGAGAUGGAUGGCGAAGUAAAGUUGUGGCUGGCCCAGCAGGAGGUUCGAGACGAGGAAGCUACAGGCGUGGACGUCUUGGGUGAAUGUGAUGAAGGAGUGAUGGAAGAAGAGAACCCGCCGUCGGAUCAGCAACAGGAACCAGCGCAGCCAACCGUCGUCGGUUAAUAUUGCGUCCAAUGAUGUUUGCGCACCCGUGGGUUUUUAUUGCAAGUUCGACCAUUUCCAAUCGAAUAUACAUUUUCCCAAAUCACAAAAGUAGUUGUGAUGAAACAAAUUUUUGUAAUCAGUUUAUAUUUUGUAUUCCUGAUACAAAAUAAAUGUAUUCUUUACAUGACUGUUCAAUAGCAAACGUUUUGAAAAUAUGAUCUACACAAUAAUGUACCUAUAUUGCCUAUACAUUUCGCCGUGAUACAAUAUGAUCGAAAACAAUAUAAUAAUUAUAAUUUGGUAAAAUACAAAACCCUGCAGCAACGAGAAAAAAAAAGAGCUACAACAUCGAUAACAAUAAUAUAAAUAAUACGUAAUAAUAACAGUUUUACACACAAUAUAUUAUUAAUCCCAUGGUUUAAAAUAUAAUAGGUACCAUUUACAUUAUAAUAUAAACAUGAAUAUAAUAAUUACCUAUUAUGUCGCCGCCGCACGGUGGUCUGAAAAGUGAUUUUAGCUUGCCAAAAUGCAAUUUUUGAUGACAACCAAAUUAUAAUUGGAGUUUAUUUAUUAUAUUUAUAUUGAGGACAGCCCAUACAAGGUGAGUAACUCACCCACCGACCGCCUCACACAGUCGUUGUUAUUGUUAUAAUUGUAAUAAAUGUUUAUUGUGAAUUAUUGUUAUGUAAUGUGCAGAUUAUAAAGCUCGUCAUCGCAUGCCGCCGCGUCGGCGGUUUAGUUAUGAUAUUUGCGCG